AUGCCAUGUUUUUGUCACGUUCGUUACAUCUUGCCUAACUCACUUAACUGGUAUCCCGGACAUAUACAAAAAGGUCUCAAGGAUAUCUCUUCUCGUUUGACUGAGACUGAUAUAAUCAUAGAGCUUCAUGAUUCUCGCAUCCCGUUGACUGGGCGCUGUCAAUUCUUAAAAGAAGUCGGCCAGAUUCGUCCGCAUAUAUUAGUAUUGACGAAGACAGACCUUUCGGAGCCAGUCGACGACUUUGCCAAAUACAGGGAGCUUAUCGAUGAGGACCCUUCCUGUGGUCCGAUGUAUCAUCCGCCAGCAGAAGUCUUCUAUACAAACCUUAAACACCCAGAGCGGCAAAAGCGCUUUCUGCGUAGAAUUCUUACAAAGCUAUCUGAACUGGCACCUCGUUGGUCUGAGUCCAAAUCGUCCUUAACGCACGAGUUCACUGACGAUGUUAGUGGUGCAGAAGCUCCGUUUGGCUCUCCACGUUACGUCAACGCGAUGGUAGUGGGACUUCCUAAUUGCGGUAAAAGUAGUUUCAUCAAUGCAUUGCGCGGCUUCGCAUCUCCUAUGCGCUGUCGGAGGGCAGCAGUGGGAGUAGGGAAGAAUGCUGGACUGACGCGUAUCGUUGGAGGUCCAAUAGUGAUUGCACGAGACUUCCCCGUGGCUUCGAGUAGUGGGACUACACGCGAGCUCUGCACUCUUCGUUUGGUCGAUACACCUGGCAUCUUGGAGCCGAGAGCUCGAACUCUUUGCGGUCAGCUCAGCCUGGGUAUUUGCGGAGCACUGGAUUGGAAUGCAGUGGAUAAGAUUCUCCUCGCGGACUACCUCCUCUUCUGUCUGAACUCGCACUCCAACUAUCAAUACGUGGUUACUUUCGGGCUGCCCGAACCGACAAAGCGAGUGGAUAAGUUGUUAGCAUGGGUGGCAGCGCGACGCCAUCUAAUUCGACCUCUUCGUCACGAACAUCGCCGCUCCUCGGAAGAAGUCGGGGACACCCCCCAAACAAAAUCUGUAGGAAAGCCUGAUUUUGACGCGGCGGCGACACAUUUUCUACGAGCUUUCAACGAUGGUGCUCUGGGAAGACUCACCAUUCUUCCGGCUGAUGAGGCCUACGCUAAACCUUGGUUUGUUCCUGCAACCUCCUCCAACCUGUACAUGGAAGAGGUUUCAGCAUCAAAAGCUGCAAGUCCUAAUUGGAACGACUUCUUGAAGAAGAAAGAACAGUUUGCGAACCUGCCUAUACCUCAGGAUUGGAAGGGCUGGUUCGCCUAUAAGUUCAUUGAGUGGUCCCUCUUCGCUGUGGAGGAUCCCUGGGGCUUCACCUCAACUAUCCUGAUCCUUGUGACACCGCUCUUUUUCCUAAGCGCUAUCUGCUCGUACAAGUUGGCUAAGAUCCUGGAGAAGGAGGAGGAGGAUAAGAAGCGCAAAGCACGCAAAGUCAAUGCAGCACGGGCGGCUGCGCAUCGGCACCCAAAGGCGGACUAG